AUCGUCGGACGGACCAUGUCAGAACUAAUUAUAAGAGUUGAUAUAACAGGUUUAGAAUGCAAACUUUGCAACACCGAAAUCGGUGAAUUAGAGAAAUUAACAAAACAUUUAAAGGAUGAACACUCACAACGAAUAUACACACGGAUCAAAAACUACAUGAUUCCUUUCAAAUUCGACACCGGCAAUGAACUAACGUGCGUUAUCUGUGAACAUGUGUUCCAUAAUUUCAAGACGUUAGUACAGCACAUGCAUAUGCAUUAUCCGAACUUUGUGUGCGGAUCUUGUGGCAGCGGCUUCGUCAACCAACGGAGCUACCAACACCACGCCAGCAGGCACGCCAACGGAGAAUUCAAGUGCGCAAAAUGUCAACGAGUCUUUGAUAACAAGACCAAACUAAAGACGCAUCAGAGAUCAGUGCAUCAGGGAUACAACAAGCGGAACAAAUGUGACUUCUGCGAAGAACGAUUUGUUGGCUAUGUAGCAAAAACCUCACACAUGAUUGAAGUACACGGAAUGACAGAGCUCCAAGUUAAGUGCCCCGCGUGUGAAAAGACCUUUAAAAAUCAUAAGUACCUCGCCAUCCACAAGCGAACGUUUCACAUGAUGGAAAAGAGGCACAAAUGUACUGAAUGCGACAAAAUGUUUUUCUCCACACAUGGACUGAAACAACAUAUGCUGACUCACACAGGGAAGCGUGAUUUCCAAUGUGUUGUUUGUAGUAAAUCGUACGGGAGGAAGAGCACAUUAAGGGAACACAUGAGAAUACACGCAGAUGACCGCAGGUUUAAGUGUGAACACUGCGGAAUAGCAUUCGUUCAGAAAUGUAGUUGGCGGGGGCACAUGCGAUCCAAGCACGGCGAAGAAGUUUGAUCUUGUUACUUUUUUCCUUUAUAAAAAUGUACAAUAUUAAAAAAAAUGUAAAAAAAAAUCUACGAAAAUAAAUAAUCACAAUCGAUUUGCGUGUUUCAACUUUCAAUACACGAAGGAAGGAGACGAAAAAUUAUAGCCUUUGUAAAACAAAACUUAUCUUUGCAGAUCUACCUGAAGAAAGAAGUUCCCAAAUAAAAGUCGAGGUGGCAAAAGAAUAUAAACGAAAGUCUAAGAAAGACCGAACCACUGACACAAGUACAGCUUCAGCUACAAAAUCAAUAGCUCAGACUUACUCUAGUGGAAAACGUAAUGAAUUUGAUUUGCAUAUCCAGAAUCUGCGCACAAUAAUGAGAUGUUCCAACGCCACGCCAUUAAGACUGCACGGCAAGUGGUACACAUGCUGCUGUUGCCCUGAACGAUUCGACGACACCGCAGCUCUCAAAAGACACACGUCAGAAAAACAUCCCACUGGACACAAUGCUUACUUUGGCCGGGACAUCACGCAACUGAUAAUAAGAGUAGAUAUAACAGACUUGCGAUGCAAACUUUGCAAGAGCCAAAUCCCCAGCGUUGAGAAAUUGAUGGAGCAUUUAAAAAAGGAACACUCAGAAACGAUAUAUUCUUUUGAUAAAAACUACAUGGUUCCCUUUAGAUUUGACACUAACAGAACAGAGCUGAAAUGCGCGAAAUGCGACAAUGAAUUCCACAAUUUUAAAACUUUGGUUCAGCAUAUGAAUACACAUAUUCCUAACUUCGUAUGUAACGCCUGCGGCACGGGAUAUGUGAAUCUGAGGAGCUUGCAGAACCAUGUCCGGAUACACGCGAACGGAGAACACAAAUGCGAGACAUGCCAUCGAGUUUUCAAUAACAGACUCAAGUUGAAGGAACACGAAAAAUCCGUACAUCUAGGGUUCAAAAAACGUAACAAAUGCGAUCACUGCGAGGAGCGCUUCAAUGGGACUAUAGCCAAGAAUAUCCACAUGGUCAAUAUCCACGGCAAGCCUGCAAUUGAGAUCAGGUGUCCGGCGUGUGAAAAGUCUUUUAAAAGCUAUAAAUACCUCGCUAUACACAAGCGGACGUUCCAUAUGAUGGAGAAACGGCACAAGUGUCCGGAGUGUGAUAAAAUGUUUUUCUCCACGCCUCAGGUUAAGAAUCAUAUGCUGUCGCAUACAGGGCAGAGAGACUUCCACUGUGUGAUCUGCAGCAAGGCGUACGGCAGGAAGAGUACGCUAAGGGAGCAUAUGAGGAUCCACGCAGACGACCGCCGGUUUAAGUGCGAGCACUGUGAUAUGACGUUCGUGCAGAAAUGUAGCUGGAGGGGACACAUGAGAUCUAAACAUGGGGAGGAAGUGUGAUCUACAUCCAUUUUGUAUUAAUAUUUACUGUUAAUAAAUGUUUGUUUUAUCAU